AUGAACUCAGAACCACCUGGAGAUGUUAACGGUGAUCUGCUCGAUCACGCUGUCGUUGACCAGGUCGGUGAGCAGGAGGGCGAUAAGGCUGGCAUUGUGACCGCCGACUUUGCGCCUGUAACCAAUGCUGCUCAUAUUGGACGGCUUCGGGGUCAACGCUCUGUUCUCUAUUUCUAUGGAAGCUACCCAGAGGAUCAGAGGGGGUUUGAACCCAUUCCUUUGACACGCUUCGACGCGCUUACGUCUGCAGAUAUAGCCUCUCAGCCACCGGAAUCGCCUGAAUCAAGGCUUCGAGAUGAUUGCCAGUUGAGCCCAGAAUGCAUUCUCAGGGCCCCUCCGGGCCCUUCGCCAAGCGUUCCAACUGACAUUGCUUUGGGAGACGGAAACGGGACGGUAGCAUAUGUCAACGAGCGAGGCGAGCUCAUUUGUAUUGUGAAGAUGCUCGACCUCGGACCCUCCGGUUUAUUCCGGGCAAGACCUAACUACUAUAAUGAGUCCGCCCUGACUGAAGUUGUUCGGGGUGAGAAAUAUGGUAUGGGUCUGAGGCUUUUUCACGGGGAGUCUCUCAAGAGUGGAACCCACAACGUGGAGUAUGUGCACGAUCGAUGGCCUCGAAUAUCAUCAAACUAUCAAAAAUUUGGUGCUCUGGUCCAAUGGUCCAUCAAAGACGGGAAGGUCAUCCAGCAUUAUACUUUGGCAAGCAGUUCUACUGUCGACGUCGACUUUAUCUUCGACAUGGGGAUCCUUGUCGAAGCACCUUUUAUGAAUGAUGGGAGACUGAUAAAUGCGUGCAAUGCGAACGGUGAACUUUUCACAACGGGCCCUACGGCGGUUGCUCUUGCUGGUGGGCCUGGAGGUUACGUUCGAUUCUAUGCAUCACUCUUUGCAGAUGGCCGACCAGUUCCUCUGAAACCUUCCUGGACCGAUGACAAAGAUCCGUCCUUUUAUAGUGACAACUCGGAUGAGAGCGAUGUUGAGAAAGAAAAUGUCACCCUAAAGGCCAAGAAAAUCCUGGGGAUAGUCCAUGAACACCGUGUUCGAAUGCAUCCAGGGGAGAUACGUACUGUUACUGCCAUUUAUCAUCUUGACCAUGUUCCCUGGCAACGUGAGGAAGUUUUUUCCAUGGACCUGAUCGCAAACAAGCCACGAGAGUUGUACAAGGAACAGCGUCAGGAUGAAAGAACAUUCAUGGAAGAGUAUGAAAAGUACAAAGCGUCCAAUGAUUUGGCAAGUGCACGACUCCUCUUAGAUGAAGGCCUACCCACAAAAGAAGUCGCAAAUGAAUCAACAAGAGACGGCCCUGACCUUGGCCAAACGAGGAAUAUUAAGCCUUUUUCCAAUUGGGGCGGGGAGACGUUUUCCUCCCACCGGCUCUUCGGUAUGGAGUGGGAACAAGAAUAUGAACCCUCACAAUAUUCAAUCGCAUCAUUCAGAAUCCCUCUGUUUGCAAGAGGCUCUCGCCCAAACAGAUGGCAGGCUCAAGACUCGAGAUUGGAAGAGGCAUUUGCACGGAUACGAACGCAAAUCAGGCGAGAAAACGAUCCGCUGUACAUAGACACCAAAGAAUAUCUACGAAUGAGCUGUUACGGACAUUGGAAGGGGUCAUUUGGCGGCGCGGACUCAAGUUUCCUAUUUCGCCGUCAUCUUCAGCACUUGCUGCUCGUUACCACAAUUCCUAUUCACUGGAGCAGCAAAGGAGAAGUGCGUGCGGCCUACUUUUUCUCCGACGGCCAUUUUCUCGAGAACAACAAAUACAGUAAAUCCAGCUUAUUCCAGUUCCGUUUCCUUGUUGACAUGUAUCGGUUGCUCGAAAAAGGUGAAGUGGCCGAUGAUUCUUUGAAAAAGGCACUACAGACGCACAUCAUCCAAAUCUGCACGGGUCACUUGGAUUGGUGCUUUGACAUAGCUCAAACAACUCGUUCAGGCACGUGGGCCAAGAAAUACCGACCAUUUGGCUCGAUGCUCUCUGUCGAGGAUGACUAUAUUCAAGGUUGCCUACACUUUCUCAAGCUUUUCGAAGCCGGGGAGAAGCUUCCAGUUGACCAGGAUUUCAUCUUUGAAAAGCUUACCAAAAGAUUGAAAGGGUGGCUCACUCACCUGAAAUUAUCUCAGAACACUAAAUCUGGGCUUUGGGAAGAGGGCAGGCAGGUAGUCUGCCUUGAAAAGGGGGAAGACUCCUAUCAGAAUCCCCAUAAGAUCAUCGUACCCCAGUAUGAUCUCUGUCAGUCGGUACUUAUCUGGCAGACCCUCGGUGCUAUUCGCACGAUGGCGGAUUCUGGACAAUCAUGCCCCUCUUACCGCGUCUCAGAUUUGUCGACGAAGUUGAAUGACGUUCUCAAGGAUAGUCAACUCCGACACCUGUUCUCUGUGGUUGGAUUGCGAAAUCUGAUCCUCGACCGUUUUAGCUUUAACCAUACAUUCCAGCCUCGUGACUUGCUGCAGUUGAGAGCUCAAGGAGGAACCCCCCAAGACUCAACUGGCGAAAUGAGCAGGCGUCUAAUUGCAGUCAGUCGUUCGGGGAAACAGAAACCACGAUUCCACUGGACUGCCGACAGCAUGAUCCUUUGUGAAGGAUACGAUGGUGGUAUCUUUAAUAAGACGCCUGUGAAUGAAGGUCCUAACAAUCGAAUGGACGAGUGGAGGCAAACUUUGGAGCUACAGACCUUUCAGCACGCAGCACUCUGGAAAAAGCCGCACAGGUACAUUUUAGCGCUUAUUCUGGCUUCGAAUUCCGAAUUCUCCAUCGACCAAUCUAUGGACGCAAGGGAAAUGGUGCGAGUUUGUACGUCAACCAUCUUGAGAAGUGUUCUCAUUGACGGAAGAGUCGCGGAAGAGUUGGAGCCCGCUACGAAGACUCCCCGUCCUCGGGAAUAUCGAAAACGUAAACAGACAAUGUUUACCGUUCCCCAUUUCCUACUUCGCCAGAAAUACCGUCACCUUCUGAUGAAUCCGACACGAUGCUUUUGGAAUGUUGGCGACGAUGGCAGCUUCGAGCUACCUGGAUCGUCUCAGAGACAUCUUCGAAAGAAUUUCAAGUAUGAAAAGUCUGUCCGAUCCAUCAAGAAACGUGGAUUCUAUGCCAAGGUCAACGAAGCAAAUAUUCUCGAAAAUCCCUGCGAGCCCGCAUGGUUAUUUGAUGAUCCGGAUUUCUUCACUACCGAAGAUCGCUCUUGCGACAAGGAGGUACUUCGCCAGGAUGUUCAGAGUCUCAAAAGAGAGCUCAGCCUAGACGAUGAUUUUCCGAACAGCGAAUUCAAGGUUAUUGCCAAAUGCAUCGCGCAGUUUGAAGCCAACGAUCAUUCCUUUGGGCAAGACAGUUUUCGUGCAAACACUUCUGCUGUCAACGAAGUUAUCCGGUCAGGUACAGAAAAUGGCUGGAAGGUUGGCACAGUGAUAAAAGAACGGCUUUACUUUGCUGAAGAGCUCCUCGAAAAGCUUCGAAGCAAGAGAGAGAGGAAUGAGAUCAAGAAGCGGUUGAUAUAUGUCUACAAUUGUGCUCCUCGCACGGCCCUAGCGUUGAUGCUAGGAGCUGCCGGCGUUGAGAAGUUCUAUCUCCCCGAAUUUCUGGAACGCCAUCAAAAACGAGGGAUGUUCUUGCACGAUGAGACACGAAGACAUGCCAACACCUGGGUCACGGAGCUCCAUUUCGGCUUCUACAGUGUCUUCAGAAAGACUCCGGCAGAUCUCGAUGACAGCAGCGACGACAGCAGUGACGAAGAAGAUGGAGAGGGGAGCCCCCAGAACUCAAUUUUUGACGGGGUAGGAUUGCCCUGCCCCGGUCGGGAAGACUGGUGUAUCGACACGGCGGCGAUCAGCAUUCACUUUGUCGGGGACCUCAAUGACCGCUACUGGACGAGCCAUGUUCUCGUUUAUAUGCCUCGUGGCAACCGCCGAUGGUUUGCUGACGAGAAUUCCUUUGAUCUUGUUGCUCCUUCUGGAGAAGGAAAUAAGAACACGCGGCAUAGUCAACGAAAGAUAUUAGAGGCGAGAUGGUUUGCCAAAGCGACCGAGACCAUGGUGAAUGAGACGAAAGGGAUCCUGGAUUAUGUUGCGGAAGUCUCUGGAGAAAAGGACAAUCGGUUUUACAGUUUGAACAAGUACGACAGCUUUAGCAGGACGUUUGACCAGAACAAGGAGACUUACCUUCUCUACGGCGAUCUGAUUAAACUGCUUUUCGAUGUGAAGGACAGCCUCGAAGCCAUCAGGAAUAUGACAAGAAGUUGGACAACCAGGGCAGCCUUCCGGGAGACGCAGCCGCGUUGGACACGGGACGACGAAGCCGCCUAUCGGGAAGAGAUCGAUAUCUGGGAGCGCGAGGGUACCGCCAAUGUCAAGGCUCUUGAUUACAUGCACGACCAUGUCAAAAACAGGAUUGACCAUAUCACGCAGCUACGCCAGUGGCUCCUUGAUGACUUGAACCUGAAAGAGGCACGAGUAUCAAAUCGCUCGGCCGACGACGUCCGUAUUUUUACCUACGCGACCGUUGUUUUCCUGCCGCUGAGUUUCGCAUCCAGCAUUUUCUCGAUGGGAGGUGCACCCGACAAUCCGACAGUCAAUUCAUUCUUGAUCGCCGCUUUUGUGGCCCUGGUGGCCACCAUCAUCUUCGUCCUCAAUGCGGGAACACCAAUGCGCAUUAUGACGAAAUACAAGAACAAGAUUUUGGGAUUACCCCCGGAUGGAUUCGCAAUGGAGCACGCAAAAAGUCAAUGGUGGAGUGUACUCCGCGCUCUCGACACAUGGUUUGUCAAGGUCCCAUCCAACAUGGUCCUCACUGCUCGCGUCAUCGUCGCGGAACGCAUACACAGCCGGGAAUUGCUACGAAGAAGAAAGAGGGGAAAGAAACACAAGAAGUCGCUCGCAAAAGAUGGACCGGAGAGGAUCAAUAGUGCCGACGACAACGGGGACCGUCCUAUCCAAGGCCCGUACACGGCUGUGGAGGAGAGGAGGAGGCACAGGGAAAUGCUCAGGCAGAAACAGAAAUGGUGGAACGACACUUUCAAGGUUGUCCUCGGGGCGUUUACUCUCCCAUUUUACCUCCUGGUCCAGAUCCUCCACAUUGUGGUCGUCAACCUGUUUGAUCUUGUCAAACUUCUCUUAUAUACCCUCCCGUUGUAUCCAUUCCGGCGCCUUGACCGCGAACUCCGGACAGAGGAGGAUGAACGGAAAUCCACGACGUCUGUGGGCACCCGAUUUGCAGCAUCUCAGGCAAAACAGGGCCACAAAGAAAAUGAGACCGAACAGCGAUAUAAGAGAGAGAAACAGCUCCGCGAGCUCCGUCAGGCCGAAGAGCAAUACAAAACACUCAACCUAGAGCGGUUCCUGAUGGUCCCACGCAUUGGCAAUGUUGAACAACACCUGCAAAAAGGAGAAUCACUGAGAACCGCCCUGGAACGCUGGCGGAAGGAGAAGGAAGAAGGAGAAAAGCAGCUCGAGAAUUUGAAAAGAAAAUACAAGAAAAGCCUGAAGAAGGUUGACGGAGGUUCCAAAGAUGGCGGCGCGGAGAGCGAGGAUAGCGACGAGCCGAAGUUUGAAGAGAAACGGUCUCCUUUGUGGAGAAGACUCUUCCAUCAUGACAAUACUGGUAGUAUCGGCAGUUACGGAAAGGGAGAGCCGUGA